CUUGUCCUGAGUCGCUCCUAAGUUUACUUGAACUGAGACAGCCAAGAAUCUGAACGUGUAAAUUCUUUGUGUUUGUAGACGUUCCCCUUAACAAGCCUGACAACAAUGAAUACCAUCUGGAAAGCGGUAAUUGGCCUCAGUGCCCUGAUUGUGGCUGCAAACUGCCUGAACUGCCGUAAAUGCUCUGUCGGUGUAUUUGGAAGCUGCUUCUUUGGGAGUGACGUCACCUGUGAAGACGCAACUCAGAGCUGUUACUCUGGAGAAGCAAAGUUCAACGCCACAGGAUUUGUGACCCUGCACACCAGGGGCUGCCUAGACUCGGACCUGUGCGGGUUGACGCUAACUGGAUCUCUCCUGAAUGCUGCUUAUACCAGCACCUUCUCAUGCUGCACCAAAGACAUGUGCAACGGAGCCACUUCUGUCCAGCUGUCUCUGACUGUGGCCCUCGGUGCUGCUGUCCUGUCUUUACUGUCGGGCUUCUGGGAAUUGUAGUCAGAAAUGAUAUCCAUCGUUGCUCCAAGCUACGCCUCUGUGAUUAUGUUGAACCUCUAAUACGAUAAUUCAUUCUUGACACUUAAAAAUGAAUGUAUAAUUGUAAAAAUUAAUAAAAUCUCUGAAAUGAA